AUGCAACCACAGACCAUCACAAUGAUGUGGUACACACAAAGAAUUCCACUCCCUUUUGAUGUAACCAAAUCAAAUAGUAUCAUUUUUCAUGCCAACAACAACAAUAACAACAAAUAAUAAUAAAUCUUCAUUACUAAGAAAGUCUCGUUCAGAGACAGCGAGACAACAACAACCCAGUAUGGCAAAGAGAAGAUCAUUAGGUCAUUCACGAUGGAAUAAUCAACCCACAAAAAUACCUUUAUGGCGAAGUCCAGGGCAUUGCGAAAUACCAGAUAUUCUUGGCAAUGCGUAUUUACCGCCCACUUUAUCACCCACCCGAUCCAAACAUAAAGAACCAGCGCCCAAACGACCUCCUUGGAUUCCUGCAGGGUCGAAUUGGACACCAUUACCAUUACCACCCGUAAUUCGAGCCGAAGAAACUGCGUUCGAAAAACGUCUAAAGCGAUCCAUGCCUAAAUUACAACUGGUCUCCAUGCCAAAAAUACGUUAUAUGGGGUCAAAAGAAAUAGGAACAGGAGUGAAUGGUGCUGUGGUGCAAGUCCAAGUCAAGAACUCCAAAACAAAAUUAGCGCUGAAGCGAUGUAAACUAACUCAAGACCGAGAAUAUCGAGCAGCUAUUGUACGAGAAUUAAGAAUUAUGUCAAGUGGUCAUGUGAAUCUGAUCAAGCUGAGAGAAGUAUCGGUGUAUCGGAACGAAGUGUGGAUUGCGAUGGAUUUGAUGCGAUGUAGUGUCUUUACGGUCUUAUGUGUCAGAGGAUUACCUGAAGAGUGUGCUAUUUAUAUUGGGCGACAGACUUUGAAUGCAUUAGUAUUUUUGCAUUCAAAAGGAUUUAUUCAUCGUGAUGUUAAAUGCGAGAAUUUACUGAUUAGCCAUCAUGGUGAAGUGAAAUUAGCUGAUUUUGGCUUGGCAACAAGCACAAAACAUCCUAAUCAUGAACGGUUAGGUACUGCCAAGUGGAUGGCUCCGGAAGUCAUUCAAGAGCAGAGUUAUACAGAAAAAGUCGAUUUAUGGUCAUUAGGGAUCACUUUUAUUGAAAUGAUGGAUCGUGUGCCUCCCCAUUACAAUAUUAAGAAUGACGAGAAAUUGUUUGGCAAAAUACUAUCGGAUCCAAGUCCAACAUUUACUUAUUCUUACCCCACCAUCUAUUGUACUGGUCUUGUUGCUUGGUUGUUGGAAGACGAUCCAUCUAACCGUCCUUCUGCUCAAGAUGUGAUUAAAGAGCUUGAUUUGCAUGUUGAACAAGGCUUACUAAAAACAAUGGCACCACAGGCAUUUGCUAGCUUUGUUAAAAAAACACUUUAAUAUACACU